GUGAAAAAAUGCCGUGUAUAUAAAGGAAUCUGUCGCCAGCAAUAAUCAAUUAGUUCUCAGAAGACACAGGGGAUAAAAAAUGGAGUCGUUUUCAAUUUUUCCGCUCUUGGCAUUAUUGCUGUGUGUUCAGUCGAUAAAUGGCCAGGAUUUAAGUUUUGAUGUAUUUCUUGACACCUAUUAUAACAGAGCGAAUGCUUCUGGAAAUAAUAUACCAGAAAAUUUGGAAUUCAUGCGUGAAAUAUCUUUGAACAUCGAUCAUAUUCGUGACCAAUUUUCGCGUUGUGCGCAGACACUUGCCGAUGAAGAAGGUAAAGCGAAUCUGUUGUCCAAGGUGCCGGCAGGCUUGAAAGUAAAUGGAUUGGAUGGAGUUGAAUUUUGGACACAUAGACUUUCAAACGUUAAUGGAGGACAGAAGUUAGUUUGGGAAACACACCAAGGAAUCAUCAAUGAAAUCGAUUCCGUCUUACCCGUACAUAUCGAUCCGCAUUUCUAUAAUAAUUUCUAUAAUUGGUGCCACCACCCCUUUGACGGUGAACAGUGUGCAUUAAUUCAGACAAAAUGGUUAAAAUCCAUGGCAGGAAUACACUCAACAUUUGGUGUGAACUUGGACAAAGUGACAAAGGAGGUAUUUGAAGUAAAAGAGACACUUUCAAAAAAUAUCAGUCAAGCCAAUGAUUGGUUCGAUGUUAUUUUAAAUGCUAAUACGAAGCCUGCCAAAGUGUUGGAGGCUUUUAAAAAAGUCGAACCAUUCACUAAUACCAUAACAAGUGUACAAUCACUGUUGUUGCCAAAACUUAAAAAUGUGAAAAAACUUCUAAAUCUGUACAAUCAACAGAGAACUAUAUGGGCUAAUUUCAUGAUGGGACUCAUAACCAAUCCCGACAAUGUUUUUAAAAGACGGCAUUGAAUGAUGCUAAUAGAAGAACGAUUUUAUUUUCGGCCUGACAUUACAUGCAAAUUCUGCAAAAAAAAUGUGUAUAAAUUUUAUCAAAAUUAACAUUAUUCGUUUUGUAUUCAAGAAUGUUAUUUAAAGAAAAUACUGA